UCCCUAAAAUUAUAAAAAGGACCCAACUUGUGCUGUUUAGCUGACUCACUGUGCACAGUCAGUGAGGCGCUGCAACAUGGACACUCCUCCAAUAACUCCCACCAAACGCUCCCAAACCGAACCCACACAAAUCCGGAUCCUCUGCCCGUCACUAAAAACCGGCGCCGUCAUCGGCAAAGGCGGCUCCACCGUCCGUCAUAUCCAAUCUCUCACCGGCGCCAAAAUCCGCCUCCUUGACGACCCUCACAUUCCCUAUUGCGAAGACCGCAUAAUCCUCAUUACCCUGAACAGUGGCAAGGUCCCCAAAUCAGACGACUCCAACAACGCCACCUCCGAUCACAACAAAGAAGAUGCCAAUGACGGAGAGUGCAGUUCUGGUGGUGGUGGUGGUGAAGAGGAGGGGUGGGGUCCAGUGAAGAAAGCGGUGGUUAGGGUUUUUGAGAAGAUAGUGAAAGGGGACAGUGAGGAGGAGUUGAGCGAAGCUGUGGUGGUGACGUGUAAGGUUCUGAUUGGUAGUGGUGGUAGUAAUCAGGGAGGGAGUUUCUCUAAGGUUUUGGAGAAAAUUAGAGUGGAGAGUGGAGCGCAAGUUAGGGUUUCGAAUCGCGAGCAAAUUCCUGCUUGUGCUUCUCCUGGUGAUGAAUUGAUUCUGAUUACUGGAAGUUUUUCAGCUGUUAAGAAAGCACUCUUGUCUGUUUCGAGUUGUAUUCAAGAUAGCCCGAGAGCAGAAACUGCCAAUUUUGGUGCAGCGGGAUUCCAUGGAAAUGCUAUGCCUGCGCAAGGUGACUUGCAUCAGUGGGGUUAUGGACCUGGUAAUCAUGCUGCAGACUAUCAUCCAAGAGGGUAUUCUCCUAAUUUUGAAGAGGACGUUGUAUUUAGGCUGUUAUGCCAGGCUGAUAAAGUUGGCAGUUUGAUAGGGAAAGGUGGCUCUGUAGUACGGGCUUUGCAAAAUGAGACGGGUGCAUCUAUCAAAAUUGCUGAAGGUGUAUCUGAUUCAGAUGAACGUGUGGUUGUCAUAUCUGCAAGAGAGAAUUCAGAACAAAGACAUUCUCCUGCUCAGGAUGCUGUUAUUCGUGUGCAAUCCAGAAUUGCAGAGAUUGGAUUUGAGCGUGGUGCCAGAAUUGUUGCUCGGCUUCUUGUGCAUCCACAACAGAUAGGUGUUUUGUUGGGUAAAGGAGGCAAGAUCAUAAAUGAAAUGAGACAUGUUACUGGUGCUAGUAUAUGCAUAUUUCCAAAGGAGCAAGCUUCAAAGUAUGGUUCUCAAACUGAAGAAGUAGUUCAGGUUCUUGGCAGCUUGCAAGCUGUACGGGAUGCUCUAUUUCAAAUAACAAGCAGACUUCGGGACACUAUAUUUCCUGUGAAGCCACCAUUCUCAAACACUGCUCCCUUGCCUUAUCCACCACCCCCAUUUCCAGAAAUGCAUCCCCCUCAGUUUAGGCCAAGACCUAAUCCUACCUCUCCAGGUCCUUACCCUUCUCCUGUUGGACCUUUCCAAGGCAUGGAUCGUUCUGCUAUUCCCUCCCACCCCUUAGACCACCAGCCUCCAUUUUCAUAUGGUAUGGAUCGCAGUGGUCCACCAAAUUUGGACCGAGCUCCCUAUUCAUAUGGUAGCGAUAGACCAGGACAUGGUCCUCCAUUUGAAAGUUCUCCAAGAUCAUGGACUGCUCAGCCAUUUAGCAAUGGGAACCUAAGGGGAGGUGCUGAUCUAGGUUCUGGCUCGGUUGCAAGAAAUGGGCAUCCUGCAAGCAGUGGAAAUCUAGCACCGAGUAUGGCUGGCACAUCUGUUGAGGUUAUCAUUCCUCAAAAACUGCUGACUCAUGUAUAUGGAGAGAGUAAUAGUAAUUUGACUCAGAUCAGACAGAUUUCAGGUGCAAAUGUUCUCAUUCACGACCCAAAGCCCGGGGCAACCGAAGGUUUGGUGGUAGUGUCUGGAACAUCAGAUCAAAUGCGUGCUGCACAGAGCCUAAUCCAUGCCUUUAUUCUUUAUGGACAGACAAUUCAUUGACCAUCUACUUAGGCAAGUGGUGAUUUGUAUAAAACUAGGCAAGAGAUAUGCAUUUGAUUUUCGACAAAAACAAUAUGUAUAUACCAUGUUGUAGUUGUGCUCUUGCUUUUAUUUAAGCUUAGUAUGCUGUACCAUUUCGGGGCUUUGGUGUCCUACCUUGACAUGAUGACAGCAACUCAUUCCUCAGUGUAAAUAAAAUCGAGUUUCUACUA